GUUUUGUACUUGCAGAAGGCAUAAAAAUAACUUAGUAUCACUAAGGUAUGCAACACAAGCACCAACUACUUUUCUUUGUUUUAAACUAUGUCUAUGAAAAGGCAUGGUUGAACUCAGUCACUCAUUAAAUCACUUUUUUUCUUUUCUUUUUAUUUCUAAGUAUGAGAGAAGACCUUAUACAAUCAGCAGAGUCCUUCUUAUUGCAUACCGAGACUCGAACAGCUAAUAAAAAAAAGAAAAUAGCAUUCUUAAAGUCAAAAGGCUUGAACGAUGAUGAAAUACAAGAAGCCUUUCGACGUGUGGAUCCUGCUGUUGUUCCUCAAAUGGAGGAUGAACCAAAACUACCACCGAGACUGUAUCGACAAACUGUGUAUUAUCCUCUCGAGCCAAUACCACGUUUGACAACCAUACAAUUGAUGAAAGCUGCAUUGUUGAUUGGCUUGAGUGUAUUUAGUGUACUGACUGCAGUAACACUGAUAACCAAAAGAAUCAUGUCGAUCAUCUUGAACAAGGUUGCUCAAUAUCAAAGUCAUCGUUACCAGCAGCAUAGACAUCUCUUGUCACGAAUAGAAUUAACACUCAAACAGUAUUCUACUACAGACAUCAAAACACUUGAUCUUCAGCAAUCAAAGCUCAAUCAAUCCAUCAUUGACAUGACAAACACAUUGAUGUCUUUAAAAAAACAACAAAUGCCUUACCAGUGUCUAAAUUCUUGCCUUGCUCAAUUUCAAAACAUGCUAUUACAGCACCCUUCUAACACACCAAACUACCAAAAUCGCCUCUCGUUUGGUAAUUAUGGUGGUUUUGCUACUUCUUUUGCAGACAAACAUCAUGCUGAAUCAGAUAAUAACACAAUGAUACAAAACAUCAAGAGUCAUAUCCGAAGUCUAAAAGGUACAUUGCUGAGUCGAAAGAACUUUCCAGCAGCGAAGUAUUCGUCUAUUCCACCUGGUUCUACAGUCAUAGAUCCAAGAGAAAAUCAUCCAAGAAAAAAAGCUUCUUUUCGAUCCGAAUUGAAUAAAUAAGUAUUAUUUGACAAAAAGACAUUAGUCUUCGCUAAAGGAAGGAGUGCCUCUUAAUAGAAAGAAACAGUUAGUGUGAUGCUUAUCCUCUAUUCGAAUCAUUAGAGCGUACAUUCUCAUAAGAAGGAACCUGUCUUAUGCAUCUCAUAAAAGCAUGGAUAUUUAUGCAAAACUAUAGUCCGGUGGCUGUACGACUGCUUUUUGGUCCGCCAACGACAGUCACCAAGGAGCCCUUUUGACAAAAGAAAAAAAAG